CCCAAGGUCAGAGGUUAUCUGCUCUAGAAGCGUCGCGGAAACGUAUUUCUUUUGUGUUUUGCGCACGUGUAGCGGCUAGAAAGACUAAAAAUGGUGGUUCUGACAAACUUGCCGCCUCCCACGGAAGGCGUGAGGCACACGGAAAAGAACACGGUGGCUGUCGUCGGCGAGAAGAACUUGGGAGACGGAACUUUGUACAUUGCAGAGAGCUGUGUUGCCUGGACCAAUCCCGGAGGGGAAGGCUUUAACCUGCAGUACCCGUCCAUCUCUCUCCAUGCGGUGUCUCGUGACCAGACAGCAUUUCCCCAGCAGUGUCUCUACAUCAUGCUGGACUCUGAUAUCACAGAAAAAGAGCCCACCCCAGCAGACACAGGGUCAGGCAGUGAGGGAGAGGAGGAGGAAGAGGCUGACAUGACAGAAGUCAGGUUCAUCCCACAGGACAACACAGCACUGGACCCAAUGUUCCAGGCCAUGAGUGGUUGUCAGAUGUUACACCCUGACCCAGAGGACCUGGACUCUGAGGAGGAGGAAUAUGAAGACGAAGGCUGUGGAGAUGCUGAGUACUAUGAGGAUGCGGAGGGGUUUGAACACCUGACGGAAGAGGGUCGCGCCACGUUGGCACACCUGGAGAGCGUCAUACAGGUGCCAGGUGUGCACGAGGGGCAGGCUGCUGCAGGGGAUUUCUCACACACCAUGGGGGGUGUGCACAGUGAACAGAACGGCAGAGAAGAAGAGGACCCCGGCCAGCCUACAGAGCCCAUGGAGGUGGGACAGUUUGAUGAUGCAGACCCUGAAAAAUGAUCCAAGGAAAACUGACAAACAUUACCAAAACCUGAUGUCAGAUGUACAGUUUUUCUAUGAUUUCUAUGCUGUAUUCCUAAGAUGUAUUCCAUGAUGAUGAUGAUUCCAAAGCUCAUUUGUGUGGAAAGACAACAUGAUAAAAUAACACUUUAAGAUGUGGAUUCAACAGAAUGAAAUAGUGACAAGAUUUUCUGCUGUACCUACUGCUUUGUUAAGUAUUACUAAGUUCCAGUUCAUCUCUUUCAUUAAGUGAUUAAACAGCCAUCUGUUGAAACUAAGUUAUGUUAUAUUUGUUUGCUGGAGUUGUAAGAUUUAAUCUUUAAUUUCUAUAACUUGUAUGUCCCAGAAAUAAAGCUUUGAUACUGUUUGUUGUUACACAUCAGCUGGGACCUAUGGACCAAGAAAAUUUUCUCAGUUAGUCAAAGUGCUUGUACUAACGGCAAAAGAAAAUGUGAAUAAACAUCCUGUUGUACUUACAAACA